AUGCCGAUAAUUGCGCGCCACGUACUGUGCGCCCUGGCCAUCGUGCUGUGCUGCACGUUCGGCUGCGUGGCGGCUGAUGAUGCGACUGUCGGUGGUGUGUUGAGCCCUAAGGUUGCUCUGCAGCUUCUGAUCGAGGAUGCAAGGUCCGUUAAGGGGCUGACAUCUGAAGUCAAACAAGCAGCAAAUAAUGCCAAUGAAACAGCAAAUGAGGCCAAGGCGGUGGGGAAAGCCUCGUACGAUAAGACCACCAGAUUUGUUUCAGCUUUGAGGUCCAUGAGGGAUACACUUGAAAGAGAUGCUGUUGGCGGUGACGAGGAGAGUGUGAAGGAGCAGGUGCUGGGCGUAGUGAUGCAGUCAGAGAAGGCAUAUGAUGCUCUUUCUGCAGCAGCAGACGGGGCCGCAUCGUUAGAGUGGUGGCUGCCACAUGCCGUCCGUUGGGCCACGGAACCACAAGAGAAUUGGAAGAAGCAGAGAUCGACUCUUGGGCCAAAGACAUCUAAGCUUCUUAACGAUGCAUGGGAGAAAAAGGAAGAAAUGGUGACCUUUUUGACGGAGGCCAACACCAGCGCUUGGAAAGCAAAUGCAGUCGCAGUGCUGGGGAACAAGAGCGCUGAAGUGGCUGCAACAAACGCAAAGAGCUUAAAAGAAAAGAUAACCAAGAACCAAGAAAAAGAUAAGUGGGUGGAAGUUGCUGAACAAAUCGAGAAGUUGGCAAAGCAGGCAUUGGAAGAGGCCAAUAAGAUACCUGGCCUCACUGAUACUCUGGUUGGGGCUGCAGAGAAGGCGUUCAAGAGUGCUGAAACAAUGAUUGGAUUCCUAGAAAGUGCAUUGGAGGCUUUCGAGGGGGAAGGAGAACCUGAAGCUGUAAAGGCUCCGGCAAAGCCGUCCCUUCCAGGGCAAAGCCAAGGAGAGGCUGAGCAAGGUCCACAGGACAGAAUUCACACUCCCGUUCUGCACGGUGCACAGCAUUCCAGCCAACAAACUGCAGGAACGGCGCCGGCCUCUGGCCACACUGCUCCAGAAGCUCAGGCGGCAUUCGACAAUGCCUCCAAUCCUUCCACAAUGGCGUCGGAUGAAAACCCCCCAACAACAGUGGACGACAACACCGGAAGUGAAACAGAAAAGCCAGGCAUCAACACAGCGCAGUCUUCAGCAGGCUCAUCUGAGAAGGACAAGGCCGCCGAAUCCGUGGAUACCAGUGCUUCUCAAGCUGCCCAUGCAUCACUGAUACCUCCUACCAACAAUGCAAACAACACCCUGCAAGACAUUUUGAGUGCGGACAGCAGCGUCUGUCCUUCGUGGGUGCGUACACCGUUGCUGCUGGUGGCUGGUGUGCUGGGCCUCCUGGCUGUGUGCUGA